GUACGGGCACUAUUGAGUUUAUAGUGAUGCCCUUUGGACUAACCAAUACGCCAGCUACGUUCCAGCGUUGUAUGAACGAUUUGUUUAGGCCAUGGUUAGAUAGAUUUGUUGUAGUGUACCUAGAUGACAUUCUAGUGUUUAGUAAGACCCUCGACGAGCAUCAGGGUCAUCUCAGGCAGGUCUUGGAAAAGCUGAGGGAAGCUAACUUCAAGAUCAAUGCGAAGAAGUGCGAUUGGGUGAAGACCCAAGUUUUGUAUCYAGGCCACGYCUUAGACGGAGAYGGCGUUAAGCCAGAAGAUAGCAAGAUCGCAGCGAUUAGAGAUUGGCCCACGCCACGUACGCUGACAGAGUUGCGCUCGUUCCUGGGCUUAGCAAAUUACUACAGGAAGUUCGUGAGGAACUUCUCCACCAUCGCUGCGCCCCUUCGCAGAUUGCUAAGAAAAGAGACAAUCUGGAAGUGGGACAAGGACUGCACGUCUGCCAUGAAGAAGCUAAAGAAGGCGUUGAUAGAGUACCCGGUCCUUAAGGUCGCCGAUCCGUCCUUGCCUUUUGUCGUUACUACGGAUGCUAGCCAGUACGGCAUAGGCGCAGUGUUACAGCAAGACGAUGGCAAUGGGUAUAGACCCGUAGAGUUCAUGUCCGCUAGAAUGCCUUCAGAGAAGGUCGCGAUAUCUACCUACGAGAGGGAACUCUACGCUCUCAGGCAAGCCUUAGACCACUGGAAGCACUACUUGCUUGGGAGGCACUUCAAAGUCUAUUCUGACCAUGAAACGUUACGAUGGUUAAAGACGCAGGCCAAGAUGACACCUAAGCUUACUAGGUGGGCCGCAAAGAUAGAUCAGUACGACUUUGAGCUCAAGCCUGUCAAAGGGAAGUACAACGUAGUCGCGGAUGCUCUGAGUAGAAGAGCUGAUUAUUUUGGGGCAAUAGUACAUUACCUCGAUAUAGGAAAGGAUCUGCAGCAGCAGGUUAGARAASCCUACRCGCAGGACCCUAUCUAUGGUGAGCUCCUUAAGAAAGUCAAGGAGGCCCCAGAGACCGAGCCGAACUACCGCACUACUGAAGGGUUGCUUUUUGAGAAGACUAAUGUUUUUGACCGAUUGUGCAUCCCCAAUAGCGAAGAGAUCCGCAGUCUGAUCCUGGGAGAAUGCCAUGACACGGAGGGUCAUUUUGGUUUGCAAAAGACCUUAGCCAAUCUGAUGCGCGCGUAUACCUGGCCAGGGAUGAAGAAUGACUGCAUAGAGUAUGUUCGCAGUUGUAAGGUCUGCCAGCGUAACAAGUCUUCUACGCGUGCCCCGUUAGGUGUUCUCAGACCCUUGCCCAUUCCAGAUCAGCCGGGAGACUCAGUGUCAAUAGAUUUCAUGGACACUCAAGUCAAGAGCAGGCAUGGCAAGAGCCAAGUCAUGGUCAUAGUUGACCGCUUUAGCAAGUACGCAGUUUUUGUUCCUUUGCCUUCUGAGGCGCGUACUGAUUUAGUCAUACAGAGGCUAGCUGGAACACAUAUAGCCAUGCGGCCCAUGCGCUGACUAUAACACAACUGCCUGUACCGGAAGACCAGAACAGCGUCUUGCGCUGCAGCAUAAACUAUACCAGAAAGCGCCAUUACCGGGUCUUUGAAGGCUCCGCUCCGCUUCUCGUCUCCUUUUCUUUGCGGAUGGAAACAACUGCAACUGGAAGGAGGAAUAUCUUCAUUGAAAGAAAACAGUCCUUUCUCGAUCCAAGGACGCUCCCACCAGCCUGACCCUAAAGCAUCACAAUUGGGUUUGGAGCCGUAACUCCAUGCACCAUAAUUGGGUGGGCUUUAACCCCAAGCAUCAUAACUGGGUGGGCCUUCACAGGGUCUUAGCAGCCCCUAGAUUGUUGUCAGUACGUACCCUCCAUAACUGGGUGACGCAUAAUGUUGUCAGUUCGAACCAAGCACCAUGA